GCCUGCUCUUCGGGUCGGCUUACCUUUGGACCAGCGAGGGCCUCGCGCGCAGGAACGAGCUGAUCCUCGCCAAGCGGGCGAGCGUCGUCAACGCCACUGGCUACCAGUGGGUGCCCGGGGACGACUUCAACAUAGACCCGCACGUCAUCAGGGACUCGGGGCUGCUCUGCAGGAUGAACGGGAUCAUCGUGCACGACAGGCAGCAGGGCUCCUGUACGAUGCUCGGGCAGCAGUACGACAGAGACUACAUCAUCGUCUCGAAGAGCCUGGUCCUCGGGCCGCUGGAGGCGACGGUGCAGAACGGCUACAACGCGUCGCCGCACUCCCCCGUCGUGCUCCGGCUCGCGAGGCAGCACAGGGACGACCGGGACGUCAUGGAUGACCACUGGCGGGCGCUGGGCGUGGCCUACGAGGAGCACCCCAACCGCUUCCACAACCUCGAGGGAGAGGAGUUGACGCGGCGGCAGGGGCACUACGAGCAGACCAUCUACAAGUGGACUUACACGGAGGCGCCGAGGCUGAAGGAGGCGCCCAGGCAAUUGACAGACUUCGCGACGCGCUGGUGGGCCAGCGAGACCGGCGAGACGUGGCGGCAGGCAAUCCACGUGGCCGACACCAUGCUGGCCCACGAGAUCGCCAUGCCGCUGAUGAGGGCGGCCCCGGCCUGCAGCCUGCAGCCCGCCACCAAAGAGGCAGUUGCCGGGGUCGCUGGAGACGACCUUGCUGGGGGCGCCGCACCGCAGCGGCGCCCUUUUGCAGUUGGCCCGCAGAGUGAGAAGGGCACCACGUGGGAAGACGAGGCGGCGUCGCUGGUGUCGGAGGACGAGGGCACGCCCCUCCCCGACCUUCCCUGCGAAGAGGCGGAAGUGGUACAGAGCCGCCUCGCGGCUGGAGCGCCACCCCGCGGGGGGGAGCAGCCGGGCUCCGAGGAGCAGCUCACUUGGGACACAGUGCAGCAGUGGCCCGCCAUCGUGAACACGGUGGGCAGCAUCGACGUCGACAGAUUGACUGCUCAGGAGCUGCAGUACAUCGACUGCGUCGCGACCCUCCUGGACGUGGCUAGUCGGAGGAACUGGAGGCUGGUGCAUCGCGCGUUAGCCGCAUGCUGGAGGAGGUGGCUACGUGACCACGGAGCAGCAGGCGCGGGGGCCAUACACAAGUGGACCAAGCCGCACGCGCCGUGGCAGCCGACUGCGCCACCACAGAACGAGAGCAUCAGCGAGCACGCGCUCGCGCACCCCCAGGAGGCCGCUGACCACUCGCUCGCGGGCUGGGAGGCGAUCUGGGGCGACGAGCACGACCCGACUGCGCCGUGGUGCCAGCCCCCCACAGCGCUCGAGAGGGAGGAGUACAGGACGCCACCCACUAUGCCCAAGGAAGUGCUGGACGCCAGUGGCAAGUUCCGCGCCAAGACGGGCCUCGGAGAGUCGGGCCGGCAUCCGCGACUCUGGAAGCAGGGAGGCGUCCAAGGGGCAGCGCGCGCGGCAAGCGCGCUCAACGCGGUGGAGGCAGGGUCGCCAUGGCCCGAGCCUCAAUCCACCAUCCUGUUCUACCUGCUCGCGAAGCCCGCAGGAGGCUACAGGAACCUCGGCUUGAUCCCAGAGCUGGCGAGGCGAUCGUCGCGGAAGGGGCUGGAGUGCGCCGUGACGUACUUCGACUUGGUCAAAUGCUCCGAGUACCUGACCCACGAGCUGGUCUGGAAGGCGCGCUCCCGGUGGGGCCUCAACCACCUCAUCCUGAAGGUCGCCCUCAGGAUCUACGCGAUGGCGAGGCGCAUCCUCCUCGACGGGCGCUACACGCGUGGGCGGCGCUGGGCCAGGGGCAUUGUGGCAGGAAGCAGGUUCGCGCCCCUCUGCCUCAGGAUGAUCCUAUACAUGGAGCUGGACGGGGUCGUCGAGGCCUUCCGAUGGGCGGACGCCUGCCUGUUCUUCGACGACCUGGCGAUGGCGACGCACGGCGUCAGGGAGUUCGCGCAGCACUGGCAUUGCCAGCUUGUGCAGACGCUGAUCAACAUGUUCGAGGUGGUCCCGGACAUGCGGGUCUCCCGGGGCGAGGGGGGCAAGACGGCCACCCUGGCUUCGACCUCGGCCUUGAACGCGGAGCUCGGCAAGCGCGCCCGCACCCACGGCGCGAGGAUGGCGAAGGAAGAGAAGCGCCUCGGCGCCACGACGGCCGCGAGCAGAUACCGGCGAGUGAUCAGGCACGCCAAGGUGCCGUCGCUGCUCUACGGCGUCAAUGUCAUGGGCAUGGCCGACACCAAGCUGGGCGAGUUGCGGCAGAGCGUGGCGACGGCCAUGGCUGGUAAUGCGAAGGGGCGAUACACGUACCUGACGCUGCUGGCCGACGACGUAGACCCAGGCAUUCUGGCCAACGCGUCCCCGAUCCUGGCGCGGCCGCAGACCUGGCAAGAAGCAGAGGACGACCCGGGUCUCGGGCCGAGGCCCCAGGCCGCAUGGAAGCGGUGGGUCCUCCGAGUGGGCCUUGCGAAGGCCCCGUGGCAGCAGGACGACCCCCUCCACGAGCUGCAUCACUACGUCCGCACCGCCACCGAGCAGGGCCUCAAGGGCGCGUGGUUGGCCAAGUGGGGGAGCGAGUUCAACAUGCAGUCGAUCUUCGUUGAGCCUGCGAGGGCGCUCCUGCGGCGGCCAUGCCGCGGGCGCUGGACGCAUGCGCACCAGGCGCGCGCGAGGACGCACUGGCGCGGGGGCACGUGGCCGCAGGCGCGGCUGCAUCCCAAAGGAGCGGCACCCGACGCCAUCUGCAAGGCGUGCGACCAGGGCGAGGGCACGGACAGACACCGCACCUUCGUCUGCGCGGCGCGGCAGGAUGAGCGCCGGCGCGCGGGUGGCGCCCACAUCGCGCAGCGAGGAGCCAACCCAUGGCCAGGGUCCGAGCAGCUCUGGGGCCGUGGGCUGGCCAACGACCACGCGGUGGAGCUCGGCCUGUGGGACAUCGCCGUCUUCGACACCAUUCACGUCGAGGGCGACUUCGCGGGUUUCGCCGCGGGCCGAGUGUACUCCGAUGACAGCUUGUUGCACGGCAAGUACGCUGCCCUACGACGCGGAGGUUGGUCACUCGCGCAGCUGAACGAGGACAUGCCCUUGAAGAACGCAUGCUACGGGCCCCUGCCAAGGCCGCAGCGGCAGCAAUCCCUAUUCCUGAGCGAGCUGAUGGCCGUGCUCCGCGUGCUGGAG